UUCACAAGCUAGCAAAGUAGCAAAUUCGAAGAUGGCGCUUGAAAGCAUUGGACAGCGAAGCAAGCAAUUUUAUUACGACCAUGCCGCUGGUGACACCGCAACUCAGAAGCACAUUAGCCACGAGAAGAGCCAGAUCAAUUUGGAAAUGACUGGCGAGCCAGGAGGAGGGGAGCGCCGAUAUUUUGAAGGGCUUGUUGGAACUAAAGAGCUUGUCAUAUUAUCUGCACUGACCAUGUGCUUGUACUUGAUCAAUGGAGAGUAUGCACAGACAAUUUGCACCGCGCUGACGUCAGUGCCGCCGGCUCUUUUUUCGUAUCGAGUUUUGACAAAUCAGAUGACUGAUAAGCAGGGAUAUCACUCAAUUCUGUUCUACUGGACCCUUUACGGGCUCACUGCUCUAAUCGAUCAAUUCGCUGGAACAGCUCAAGGAUACAAUCUCUGCAAGUGUGGCCUCCUUGGCGUAUUUUUCUUCCACGCGGUCCGCUCCAACUUGUCCGCAGUGCCCGCCACCUGGAAAUUCGCGGAGAAGCUUGAAGUUCUGACGUCACUGGUUUCACAGCUGGAGACUGAUGGUUUUCUGCGGAACUACGAUGCGAUGACACCAACGAUAACCCAGUUUUCUGAGGAUGACUCGCUGCAAUACAUAUUCCCAGUGGAAGAGAAUUUGGAAAUGAGCACAGCGUGCAGUUUCGUGCCGUCACUUGAUAUGCAGAGCACCCAGAAUCCGUCUCCAUCUACUUUGAAAACUAUGAAAAUCGAGGAAAGCCGGAAUUUCCAGACCAUGUCGGCGAUGACGUUGGCCUGCGGUGGAGCUGCAGCAGAUAUUGUCACCGUGCCGGCCGACCGGAUCACGUUUGCCGCUGGCAAGCUGGAAGAAGUUAUUCGAGUCACUAACGUCUCGCAAUCGCAUAUUAUGUUCGCUUUGAAGACAAAUGCCGACGCCUACCUCAUCGCUGCUCCAACUUCUGGAGUUCUUCUGAGCGGACAAAGCAUGACAAUCCGUGUUGGAGUCACUGGCAACUACUUCGAUGAUUUUUCGGAUCCUGGAGUUUCCAUUGAUAAGCUCGCCAUCGACUAUGCUCUGAUCCCCAGCCGUUCCUACUCCAAAUUUUCCUCCGAGUUCUUCUAUUCCCAGAACCGACGUCGCCUCGCAAUUCGUGUGUUCUAUCAAUGAUUUGUCUCUUUUCUCGACUUUAUUUUAUUUAUUUUUGUAUUUGUAAAAAGCUUUUAUGAGUAAAAUUGUGUUUAAAUCAUG